CAAGCAUUGCACAGCAAGUUGGACAGUCCAUAAUGGACCGUCUUAAGGGUGAAUGUGGGGAAGGAGGUGUUCAGGGUCUGCAAUUUCAGGGCAGUGUGGGCCAAUCGCAGAGUGAACCUAUUUACCUCAACUUGACUGGGGCAAAGCUAGUACUACAGCCAGAUGUCAAAGAACCCCCCACCUUCAGGGAAGAUGGAUCUGACGAAAAUACUGUUGGCGAGUGGGAAGAGUUAAUGAAAAUCUACUUCAGAAAACAAGACACACCCACUAAUGAACAGUACUAUGAGAUCCUCUCUAAGUUGAUGGGAAAGGCUAAGGAUAUUGUGAGGAUAACACUGCGAAGCAGCCCUUCACUAAAGCCUCAGGAAAAACCAGACAUUGUCUACAGCAUCCUCAGACAACAUUUUAGUGAUGUGCCCUAUUCAUGUAUGCCGAUGGCUGACUUUUACAACACUGUGCCACUAGCAAGAGAAACACCUCUAGAUUACUGGGAACGCUUGAACAAGGCAGUUGAUGCAGCAGAAGAGGGCUUGAAGAGAUUAGGAAGACAUGUAGAUAACCCUUGCCAAGAAGCAACUGUGAUGUUUGUGAAACAUUGCCCAGAUCCAGCGCUUGCUGCCCUUUUGAAGUUCAAAGCACCAGACAAAUGGACGGCCAGUGAAAUUCAGGAGCACAUUGAUCGUUACCAAAUUGAAGCCAGAGAGCAGGCGGUUUCCAGGUCAAGAUAUCCUAAACUAGCUACAGUUCAUGCUCAAGCUCCUGUUCUUGAACAAUUAUCACCACCCUGUCACUUAAGAGACAUUCCAUCACCCCAAGAAACUGGUGCAGCAGCCCUGCCACAUUGUAAUGACAGCUGCAUGAAGACUUUAAUCAGUCUCUUUGAACGUACACUCUCACAGAACAGUCAGACUGCAGGCAGACAGAAGUCACCCAGCCAAUUGCAUCACAAAGCAUGCAGGGUUUGUCAGUCUUGGGAUCAUUCUACCAUCUCACACUGCAAACAGAAAUGACUGUGUUUAGCAUGCUUUGAACCAAAUCAUAUUAAGCGAGACUGUCCCAACCGUUCAUCCAUCAGAAGUGAGCAUGGUCUUCAGUCACAAGAUCCCCAGCAUUUAAACUAGCUGGCCUGCAUGGGAUGAGGGGUGGUGUGGGCUCAAAAGAAAAAACCCUCAACAAUAAUGACAUUGAACAGCAAUAUGAAAAGGCAUGUGCAGCAGCACCAGUUGGUGCUAGGGUGAUAGCUCAAAACACACGAGUUGAGCCAUUUGAUGAACUGUUUUAUACACCUGUGACUCUGAAUAAGUUUAAGCUACAGGGGAUGCUUGACUCAGGUUCCAUGGCCUGCACACUGAGUGAGAAGGUGGAACAAAUGAUGCUGAAUCAGAACUCACUUUCUGAACCUGUACCCCUCUCUCAAGAAAUUGUUCUCAUUGGUUGUGGAGGGACGCUCAGUAAACCCCGCUGCAUGUAUGAGGUGGAAAUGAAACUGUAUGGCAAGGCCUGUGUUGUCCCUGUGUCAGUAGUGCCAGGCCAAAGAGACGAUUUAGUCAUUGGCACAAAUGUCAUAAGAUUCCUCAUGCAUCAGCUGAAAAUAACCAAUGAUUAUUGGCGUCUAGUGUCCAGUCCCAGUCUUCUCCCAGAAUGUGAGCAGUUUCUUGACAUGAUGGCAAGCACUUCUCGGUGGAGAGGUGAAGAACUCCCAGAGAUGGUGGGCACAGUCAAACUACAACAGUCACCCUGCUGGCAAGGACUGAACAUCUGGUGUGGGGUAAGCUGCCACAUAACAUUCCUAUGUCUCCAGGGAGUACUGUGAUCACCGAACCAACCUCAUCCAAGUCGAUGCCUCGUAACAUCAUGGUUGCUCGCAUUAUCACUCCCUGAUGGGGAAAUAGGUGGGUCCCUUUAAAAGUUGCUAACCUGUCAGACAAGCCCAUCACGCUGAAAAGAAACAGCAA